UCACUUUUCUGUAUCUGAUUUUUUUAUAGACCGACUACAAGACACUAACAAUUCCUGAAUUUUGGCAAUAAUCGAUCUCCGGCAGCAUAAUGGAAUCUCUGGCAAAAAUUAAGGCUACUUUCAGCAGAACUUUAAUCGGAAGGCGAUAAUCGUGCGAUGCACAAGCACAAAUGCCGGAGCGGUAUCAUGGUCACGACCCACGUGACCGUUUUAAAGGAUCGCCAGCAGCCACCAUCAAUCAAAUCGACGGAGAACGGAUUCUCUCGCUGCGCACGGGUCCAUUAAUUAUCGCGCAAUGCACGGAGGUGGAGGAGGAGGAGGAGGAGGACGCGCUUUUUUUUGUCGCCGUAAAACAACGGGGACCAAAGCGAGCGGGCACGCAGGAACGUCGCCGCGGUCGUGAGUGCAGCGACGUUUCGGGUUUCUACGUGGCUAUAUCUAUGACCUAUGGUGAAACUUCCAUCUUUCGUUUCGGCGCGCGCAAGUUCGUCCAAGUGAUCGAUCACUCUCCUCAGAUUCUGAUCCUGCCAGCAUUUCUUUGCUUCAGAAUUCGGCGCGUCUCAAGACAGUUGGAAGUUUUCGAGGAUGCUAGGUAG